UUAGCCAGUCACAGACGUAUUUUGAAGUAAAUGUCAUGCCAGUCAGUUCGCUUAAGUUCCGAUCAGAUUUUUAGUCAGCCAUGUUUAUUUCUUUGGAAUGUGUUUGGAAAUGGUGGUAGUGCUAAAAAAAUUGUAUUUGUGAAAAUAUCAUAAUAAUUUUGUUGUUAACUACUGUGUAAGUGAAGUUUAAAUGUGUUAUUUGUGCAAGUGAGGUGAAAGAUUUGCGAAAAUGAAUUGGGGCACAGAGCUUUGGGAUCAAUAUGAAAACUUAGCCGCCCACACACACAAAGGAAUUGAAUUUCUUGACAAAUAUGGAAACUUUGUUAAGGAGAGGUGCGCAAUAGAAUUAGAAUAUGCAGGAAAACUCAGGAGGCUUGUCAAAAAUUAUCAACCAAAAAGAAAAGAGGAGGACGAAUAUCAAUAUACAUCAUGCAAAGCGUUUAGACAGUUAUUGGAAGAGUUAGGCGAUUUUGCGGGACAACGGGAAGUUGUCGCUGAAAAUUUACAGUCCAAUGUUCUUAGAGAAUUGCACUUACUCGCCAAAGAAUUAAGAGAAGAAAGAAAGCAACAUUUAAAUGAGGGCGCGAGACAGACUACAAUUUUAAAUACGGCGAUCGGCGCCCUGGACCGAGCGAGAAGAACAUAUGAACGUGCCGCGAGAGAAUCGGAACGAGCGUUAGAAGCUUUCCAGAAAGCAGACGCUGAUCUCAAUUUGAGUCGGGCGGAGGUUGAAAAACAAAAAGCGAACAUGAAACUCCGGAGUCAAGCGUCUGAGGACGCGAAACAGGACUACACAGACCAACUGAGGAAGACCAACGAGGCACAGCGGCAGCACUACGAACAGCGGCUACCUCACGUCUUUAAACAGUUACAGGACUUAGAUGAGAAACGAAUAAAAAAUAUAAAGAACUUCAUGUUGAGUUCGGUCGACGUCGAAAGGAAAGUUUUCCCGAUAAUAAUGCAAUGUUUAGAAGGAAUGGAUCAAGCAGCUAAUAACAUCAAUGAAAAAGAAGACACACAAUUAGUAAUAGAUAGGUACAAAUCGGGCUUCGUGCCACCGGAAGACUUUCAAUUCGAGCCGGCAGCGGGCGGCGACACCACCGACUCGACCACCAACAAUCACCACCACCACAAUCACCUGACCGCCGCCCGAGGCACCGUCUCCGGGAAUAGGAUAAAGAAACGGGGCGGCCUCCUCUCAAUAUUUAGUUCCAAUAAGAAGAUUGUCGAGGCGUGCAAUUCAAUCAAGAACAAUAUGUCUACGGAUGGAAAGGAGGAUUAUUCAGAUUUACCACCCAAUCAAAAGAAAAAGAAACUGCAGGCUAAAGUACAUGAAUUAACGAAACAGGUAACACAAGAACAAGGUGCAAUGGAAGCAUUAAUGAAAAUGAAAGGAGUAUAUGAAACGAAUCCUACAUUAGGAGAUCCCAUGACAGUGGAAGGUCAAUUAAAUGAAUGCUGCGAUAAACUAAAAAAGUUGCGAGCACAGCUGCGUAAAUUCGAAGAGUUGCUAGCGGAAGCCAACAGCCAAGUGAACGCGGCCACACUCAAUACGCUGCCGGCCCGCGCCAACGGGGCGCCGCCCCCACCCGCCACUAGUAUCGGGUCGAACAGCGAGUCGUUGUCACGAUCGGCAUCGGAGUCAUCGGUGAGCACGGGCACGGGCGCGGGCGGGGGCGCGGGCGGGCGCGCGGCCGGCGGCUCGCCCGAGUCGGGGCUCGGCGGCGAGCUGGCCGUCGCGCACCCCGACCACGCCAACGGCCACGCCGACCACGACCACGACCCCGACCAGGACAACGACCACGAGUCGGACUUCGACUACUACUACGAGCCUGAUUUGCAACCGCUCGGAUACUGCAUGGCGCUAUAUGCGUUUGAAGCUAACGGCACGGGAUCGACGAUGCGCAUGGAGAGCGGCGAGCGGCUACUGGUGCUGGAGACGGAUGCGGGCGACGGCUGGACGCGGGUGCGGCGCCGGCAGACGCGCGAGGAAGGCUUCGUGCCCACCACAUACAUCUCCACCACGCUGUACGCGGACGCGCGCGACCACUAGCCGUCGCCGACGUCGGCCUCGCCCUCGUCCGCCACACGCUCACAUGAUGCUAAAUAGGUGGCGAACUGGCAGUGAUAGUGAAACCACCAGCCAACUGGUGUAAUAGUGCAUUAUAGUGAGUGAAUCUCGUGCCAGAGUGUACACUAUGUACCCGCCGUGAACUCUCAGUGAGCGUCACACAAGAGCCCGUGCUGUGUAAAUGCAAUCAUCUUAGCGACAUAACAUUCACUCGGUUAUUACUCGUGGCCUAUAUAGUAUAUACAAGGUGCAACGGUCAGAGUAUAACAAGUCAAAAUCCAGUAAUAGUAUUUGUGAUAUUAAUAGAUUCCCCAAAGAACAUAGUCAAACAAAAUGUAUAUUUUUAAACUUUUAGUAGUACUAAUUGAAUCAUAUAUCCAAAAAACCUUAAUAUUGCUUGAUUAGGUCCACAAAUACUAUAUACCUGCAUUUUAUGUUUGUUAUACCUGUUCCGUUACAAGCUAAUAUAGUAACAAGUAUUUUUGCUAUAAUUUAUCGUUACGGGAAAGUUAGAAAUAUUUUUUUAUACGUACCCUUUCUAUUAAUUGUUAAUUUGGCGUACGCCGAUUGAUUAGAUGAAAAGGAGAUCAUAAUAACAUUCCAUGUUCUUAUUUAUUGUGUAUAUUCUUGGGUGUGUGACACACAUAUUUUCAUGUGUGCACCACGCCGUCAUAGUUUAAUGUUAAUGCUAAUAAUAUUGUAUAACUCAUCUAGAUCUUCAUUGUGCCAGCUGUUUAUGGAUUAAGAUUUUUUCGUACUUAUUAUAGUUGUUAUACUCAUGCUUAUUGUGAUUCAGCCAUAGUGUAUUUUGGAAUUAUAGCAAAAAUAGAUUAAUAAUUUAAUUAUGAAUUGUAAAAUAUGUAAACUUUAAACUUAUUUCGAUUAUUAAAUACAAAAUGUUGACAUGUAUUACUUAAAGAUUUAAUGAAAGUAAUGUAACCCAUAUCCCACGCAGAAGUGUAUUAUAUAUUGCUUAUGGAAAUUACUUAGUUAUUAAUGCUAGCUAAAUGUAUUUGAUUAGCCAAUGCUAUUUUCUGAAUAUUUGCUGUAUACCGAGAUCUAUGCGGAUACGUUAUGUAUUUAUAUAUAGUGAGCGGAAGGAUGAACGAGCGCAUUUGAUUUUAUAUAAAAAUAAAAUAUAUUGA